AUGACAGAGGACGGCAUCACCUGGCCGCACAGAUCAGAGAGGAGCUCUGAGGACCACCCGGCAGCACCACCACACCUACAGGGGAGGCGACCAGAAGGGACCGGCAAGGACACCGGGGAGUCGCAGCCAGCGAGGCCAAAGCAGAACAACAGAGCGAAGGCUCGCGCGCCCAGACAGUGGUGCCGCCGCAAGGAGGCGGGCGGCCAGGCCGGAGGCUGCCCACAGGGGCGCCUGGCGGUGGCGUGGCGCCAGGAGCCCGCAGGGGAGCUGCCGCUGCCCCGGAGGCGAGAUGGGACCAGAAGCUCAGCCGCUGCAGUUACACGUUCGUCCUUUCGCCGGCCCCCGCCCCCGCCGCCGCCGGAAAGCGCCGACAAAGAGAACAAAGCUCCGCCGCGGCCCCAGGGACCCGCGCGGCGGGCGGCCCGCGGGUCGCGUCUGCGCCGCUGGGGAGGCGGCGCGGCCGCUGGGGGCGAGCGCGGGCGGGCGGGAGGCCGCGGCCGGCGCCCGGACGCCCCCUCGCCGCCGCAGGUGGCCGCGUUGACAGGUGUCAGGGCUCCCCGCUCCUCCGCGGGCGGGGCCCUCCCGCCGCCCGCCGCGGGGCGCCCAGACGCGAGCCCGAACACGGCGCCCGACCGCGGCGCGCGCCGCGGCCGCGGCCUGCUCUCGGCGCCGCGCCCGGGGGAGGCGGCCGCGGCGGGCCCCUCGGCGCCGGCCCCUCGGCGCAGGCCCUCCGGAAGACCCCCGCCCGCGGCCCGCGCCCCGCGCCGCCACCUACCCGGGGCCUGGGCCGCGCUCCCGCCGCGUCGGGCUGAGGCCGGGGGCCGGGAGCCGGCGGCUGAGGCGGAGGAGGCGCCGCUCCGCGGGACUCGGCGCGUCCGGGGCCGCGGGCGGAAAAAGCGGCGGCGCGCCUGCUACGGCGAGCCGGAAGGGACGCGCGCCCGCGCCGCAGCUGCGCGGUGA